CGUCGUGCAGAUAAGUACUGCAUGGUGCGCCGUGUUUGUGGAAGUUGUUACGACUUUUGUUUGAUGUAGUUAGUGUUUUUCAUUCUUUCUAAACCUUGCAAUAUAUUUUUCAAAUGUUCUCCGAUGUAAAGUUUAAAAAAUAACGCGCCGUAAACUUUUCCAAUACAAUUUUUGAAAAUCAAUCAAAGUUGAAUCUGAUUAGCCCAGCUGUGCAAAAACCAAAAUGACAACGGUCGAACUGUACACGAAGGGCACAAAAGUGUGGAUUCCCCACCCAAUUAAAGUGUGGGAAGGCGGCGAACUUUUAGAAGAUUAUUCGCCAACACGACCUACACUGAAUAUACAAACCGAUGAAGACAAGGAAAUCAAAACGUUGUCAAUAAAAACAGAAGCGAAUUUACCCCACCUAAGAAAUCCGACAAUUUUAAUUGGCGAAAAUGAUCUGACAUCGUUGUCAUAUCUCCACGAGCCGGCAGUUUUGUACAAUUUACAAGUUCGCUUUUGCCAAGACAAAAACAUAUACACGUACUGCGGAAUUGUGCUGGUCGCGAUAAAUCCGUACGAUGAUCUUCCAAUUUACGAUGUUGAUACAAUACAAGCAUAUAGAGGCCAAGCGAUGGGGGACCUGGACCCCCACAUAUUCGCCGUCGCCGAAGAAGCCUAUACCAAACUGGAACGAGAACAGCGCAAUCAAAGUAUCAUAGUUUCGGGCGAGAGCGGUGCUGGAAAAACAGUUUCCGCAAAGUACACAAUGCGAUACUUCGCAACGGUUGGGGGUAGCGCAACUGAAACGCAAGUUGAGAAGAAAGUAUUAGCGAGCAGUCCAAUAAUGGAGGCGAUCGGAAAUGCAAAAACGACGCGUAACGAUAACAGUUCUCGUUUCGGAAAAUUCAUCGAGUUACAGUUUAAUAAGCAAUAUCACAUUAUUGGGGCGUCGAUGAGGACUUAUUUAUUAGAAAAAUCGCGCGUCGUUUUCCAAGCGCCGAACGAACGAAAUUACCAUAUUUUUUAUCAAUUGUGUGCCGCAAAGGAUCAAUUGCCGCAUUUAAAAUUAAGAGACCAAGAACACUUCUACUACCUUCACCAGGGCCAAAGCGCUACCAUCGACGGAGUCAGCGACCUGAAAUACUUUCAAGAAACUGUCAACGCUCUUGGGCUGCUUGGUUUUACCAGUGAGGAGCAAAGGAACAUCUUUUCAAUAUUGGCCGCCAUUUUGCAUAUGGGAAACAUAAAGUUUUUUGACGCAAUUAUCUCCACUGAAAACGAGCAAGAUCAAGAAGGAAGCGGAAUUCAUGAAAACGAUGAAGGUUUGCAAAUAAUGUCCGAACUUUUGGACAUAGACAAAGACCAAAUCCAACAGUGGCUGUGCACGAAGAAAAUUGUUUCGAUGCGAGAGACAAUACUAAAACCGAUGUCCGUCGAACAGUCGAGCAUAUCACGUGACGCUUUGGCCAAACACAUUUACGCCGAACUGUUCAAUUGGAUCGUCGCCCUAAUAAAUAAAUCUUUGGAGACAGACGUUGCGAUUCACAAAUUCAUAGGCGUACUCGAUAUUUACGGAUUCGAGACUUUCCAAACGAACUCGUUCGAGCAGUUUUGCAUUAAUUACGCCAACGAAAAAUUGCAGCAGCAGUUCAAUUUGCACGUAUUUAAAUUGGAGCAGGAGGAGUAUAUCAAAGAGGAAAUCGAAUGGAAGAUGAUCGACUUUUACGAUAACCAACCGUGCAUAGAUCUCAUCGAAACGAAAUUGGGCAUUCUAAGUUUGCUGGAUGAGGAAUGUAAAAUGCCACGAGGCAGCGAUGGAUCCUGGACGGAGAAGCUAUACGCGAAAUGUGUACAGUACAGCCACUUUGAAAAGGCCCGAUUUGGCACAUCGGCAUUUGUCAUCAAUCACUUUGCAGACAGGGUCCAAUACGAAAGCGGUGGAUUUUUGGAGAAAAACCGAGACACCGUCAUGGAGGAACAAAUAAAUGUGAUCAAAUACAGCAAAAAUGAUUUUAUUCGUCGAUUAUUUUGUAAAGACUCUCACAAAUUAAGCGUACCCGGAACCAAAUUAAAAGUUGUCGCCUCAAAACCGAUAAUCGAGUCUUCCAAAAGCCACAAGAAAUCGGUGGGCUCCCAAUUUCGGGAUUCCCUAAAUUUGUUAAUGACAACACUAAAUGCGACCACACCUCACUACGUGCGUUGCAUCAAACCCAACGACUCAAAGGCCGCUUUCGAGUACAACCCGCAAAGAGCAGUUCAGCAACUAAGAGCGUGUGGUGUUUUGGAGACCAUUCGAAUAUCGGCGGCAGGUUUUCCAAGUCGGUGGGCGUACAUCGACUUCUUUUACCGAUACCGAGUCCUGUGUAAGUUUGAGGACAUCAAUCGAAGCAAUAUGAAGCUCACUUGUGAGAAAAUUUUGAAGAUUUACAUUCGGGCACCCGACAUGUAUCAGUUUGGCAAAUCAAAAAUCUUCUUCCGUGCAGGACAAGUCGCCUACUUGGAAAAACUAAGAGCAGACAAGCUGAGAAAAUGUUGCAUAAUUGUACAAAGUACAGUGCGUGCUUUUAUAUACAGACGAAAAUAUCUGAAGAUAAAGAAAUCUAUUUGCAACAUCCAAAGAUAUGGGCGAGGAGUUUUGGCUAGAAGAUUGGCAGAUAAUUUAAGGAGAAACAAAGCUGCCAUCACGAUACAGAGGUACAUGCGUGGAUGGAUUAAGAGAGUACAAUACCAAAGGCUCGCCUCUCUUUUGCAAAGGCUACAAACCAGAGCUCGCGGCUUUUUGGCGCGCAGAAGAUUUAUGGUUAUGAAGUACAAUGCAAAGGCCAUCAUUAUCCAGAAAUUUGCCAGAGCGUGGUUGGCUCGCAAACAUUACAGGGAACAACUCAGGCACAUUAUCAUUUGUCAAUCCGCGAUACGUAGAUUUUUGGCUAGAAGACUGUACAAGAAGCUUAAGAUUGAAGCGCGCUCUAUCGAUCACGUUAAGAAAUUAAAUAAAGGAUUGGAAAACAAAAUUAUUAGUUUGCAACAAAAGAUCGAGGAAAUUAAUAAAAACAGUAAUGAACUCAAAGGUUAUAAAAAUGAAGCUCUCGACUUAAGAAAUAAAUUGGUUACAUUCAAAGCGCUUGAAAUUGAGAUUAAGAAAAUGAAUACACUUUUGAUAGAGAAAAAUAAGACUAUAGAUAAAUUAGAGGACGAAUUGAGAAUCGAAAGAGACGAGAAAAUGGACUUGGUUCAGGAUCAAGAGAAGUUCAGAAAUGACGCCGAAAUGCAACAGGAAGUAUGGUCGCAGGAAACAUCCAAAUUGCGCAAGGAAAUUGACAACAUGACAGAGAUCGCGUCAAUGAAGGAAAAAGGCGCCGAAGAAAAUCUCAAAGUGCGUAUCGAGCAAGAGAAGAAUCUUCUGCUCAACGAACACGACAGCGAUCGACAGGCAUAUCAAAAACUUCUUCAGGAAUACCACUGCUUAGAAAUGCACUGUGAAACGUUACAAAAGCAACUGGAACCCCGAUUGCCGACCCACGCGCGAAAUAUUAGCGAUCUCAGUAGUAUCAAUAUGGAAGAAAGUAUCAAUCUCAGUGAAAUACCUGAAGAUCACGGUUACGGUUCGGUGCGAUCGAAUAGUUCGGCCUCCGCCUCGAGGGGUAAAUUAGAUAACAUCGAAUGGAACGACAGUACGCAAAACGAAUCUCUAAUAAAUGGCACUAAUAUUCACAUUACAGACCUUACAAAUGGCGACGCGGAACAGAAGAGCGAAGUAAAACAAGACCUUGGGCUCAUCCUUCGACUGCAAAGACAACUCGAAAAGACAACGAAAUCAAGAAAUCAGCUUCAAAAAAGUUUAGACGAACUGAAAGUCUCCCCCAAAAUGCAAAUGGCUUCCAAAGCAAUAGAAGAUGCCAAUCAUAUCGCUCAACUCGAAGUGACUUGCUCAGAAUUGAAGAAGCAACUAUUCGAACUCGCCGAAAGCGUCGCGGACGGAAACGGAAAACCCCAACUGCAGUGCUUGUUGACCGAGCUAGAAAGGCAAGGGGAAGAAAUUGUACAGCUGAAGAACGUCCUUGCAAGUCAAACCAAUAGCAUCAAGUCCAUCGUGAAUUGCAACUCGAAAACGGGCGACUACAUCAACGAGGACGGCGAACUUACCCUCGCCUACGAAACUCAAAAAAUUAUCAACAAACAGCUUGAGCUCGAAUUGCAAGACGAGAAAGGAAGAAACGAAAGUUCCGAGAAAGAGCUAAAGGCCGAAAUCGAAAGGUUACGCGAGGAUUCGAUGAAAAUGCAACGAAUUUUGUCGGAGAACUUACACGAGUCCCAAAUGGACAUGUACCUUCAGUGUGAACUCACUCGAAUAACAAGCGAGAACGCGGAUUUAUUAGAUAAAAACGACGCACUAAAUGAGACCAUACGAAAGUUGAAGAAACAGCUUAAAAUCUUAAUGAAGCAAAUCGAAGAUAGAGGCAUAGAUAUCGAGGAGCACAUUAAAAGCAGCGAGAGCAAAAACAUGUCGCACGAGCGUAUUCCUUCGGUUAGAAGAAAGGAGAAGUACCUGGGGAUGUUCUCCUACAGUCACGGAGAGGAAGACGGCAUAAUGAGGCAGCUAGUUAUCGACCUUAAACCGAGAACCGCCGUCGGUUUACUGCCCGGGCUUCCGGCAUAUAUUGUGUUCAUGUGCGUCCGGCACACAGAUUACAUAAGCGAUGAGAAUAAAGUGCGCAGUUUGUUGGCGGCGUACAGAAAUUCGGUACGAAAAACUAUAAAAAAGAAGCAGGACGGUUUCGAAACAAUGACCCUCUGGUUUGCAAAUACGAUAACAUUAAUGAACCUAAUGAAGCAAUAUAGCGGAGAUCAAGCAUUCCAAGAGAGCAAUACGGAUAAGCAAAAUAGUCAAUGUUUGAGGAAUUUUGAUCUGUCCGAUUAUAGGCAGCUUUUGUGUGAUACUGCAGUGUGGAUAUAUUUUGUAAUUGUGAACUUCUUAUCCGACCAUCUACACUCCCUGAUAGUACCAGCAAUAUUAGAGCACGAAGAGAUUCCAGGCAUAAGCAGUAAUAAACCAGGUGGCUUUAGAGCGAGGGCGAACAGUUUGCGGGGCGCCGAAACUCCGGGCCAACAAAAACCGACCGAAGCAUUACUACAAGAACUUACCAAGUAUUACAAGAUCUUAACAUUUUACGGAGUCGACAUACAAGUAAUCUCUCAAAUAUUCAAGCAAAUCUUCUAUUUCAUCUGCGCGUGUAGUCUCAAUAAUCUGUUGUUAAGGAAGGAACUGUGCCAUUGGUCUAAAGGAUUUCAAGUCAGACAUAAUUUAUCACAUCUGGAAAUGUGGACGCGGGAGAAAAAAUUAGAUGAACCUGCGAUUCAGGGGAGGUUACAACCGAUUAUACAAGCCGCACAUCUUUUGCAAGCGAGAAAAACUAUGGAGGAUGUUGAUAGCAUAUGCGAUAUGUGCAGCAUGUUAAGCCCCUUCCAGAUUAGUAAAAUAUUAAACUUGUACACUCCCGUUGAUGACUAUGAACAGAAAGUGCCGGUUGAAUUUAUUAAACAAGUACAAAAGAAGUUAGAAGAGCGAGCCGAUGCCCAAGAUCCCCAGACUCUGCUGAUGGACAUCAAAUUCGUAUUUCCGGUGCACUUCCCAUUUGUCUCAUCAACAAUACGCUUAGAGGAUAUAGAGAUUCCGGACGUUUUAAAACUACACACGCUUCAGAAAGUAUAAAUUUUUUCAUUGUCGUGUAGGAGUAAGAUGAACUUAGAAAUUAAAUGCAAUCGCAGACGGCGAACCGAAUAAAUGAAAUGGUAGACCUCGCCCAAUGUUGUUGUAUUUGAUUUGUAAAUUCGUAUCGAUUUAUGUAAAGUGUAAUAUUUAUUCCAAUAGCAUAUUUAGUAAGCACAAAAUGUUAAAUAACUCUUGUACAGUAUGUGAUAGAUUUUUGCUUCAAUGUACACUUCGGAGAAGUUUACCUAUUUGAGCCUUGCAUAUCUUUUAGU